AUGCAUGGAUCAGAAGUUUUGAUACUCAAUUCCUAUUCGACACUUGACACGCCAGAUCCGCAAAUCGGAAAAUUCAGAGCGCCGUCGAAAACCGCCGUCUGCGGCGGUAAAACUCGUCUCUGCAUCCUCUUUGACGAGAAUCCGGAGCCUCACGGGGCUUCUCUCUCUUCGAACAUCGAACGUAACAUUGAAACCAAACGCCAAAAACUCGAGUUCGCUAUGGAAGAGUUGGAGCAGUGGAAGGAACAACUUUCUCACUUGUCGCAUCUGGCCAUGGAUCAUCUUCGCGAGGUUCCACCGAAUCAGCUCUACGCUGCUGCUGCCAUCGUGAUGUUUACAACGCUGCUUCUUCUCUUGAUACGGUUGUUGAAGCGCUCAAAGUCAAACACCAUUGUGUUGACCGGGCUCAGUGGGAGCGGAAAAACUGUUAUUUUCUAUCAGCUUAGGGAUGGCUCUACUCAUCAGGGUACUGUUACAUCAAUGGAGCCUAACGAAGGCACUUUUAUUCUUAACAAUGAGAAAACAAGGAAGGGCAAGAUAAAACCUGUUCAUAUUGUUGAUGUUCCUGGCCAUUCUCGGCUUCGACCCAAACUGGACGAGUACUUGCCUCAAGCAGCUGGGAUAGUUUUUGUGGUUGACGCUUUGGACUUUUUACCAAACUGUCGAGCUGCUUCAGAGUACCUAUAUGAUCUAUUGACAAAAGGAAGUGUUGUGAGGAAGAAGAUUCCAGUGCUUAUUCUCUGCAACAAAACAGACAAAGUGACUGCUCAUACGAAAGAGUUUAUCCGGAGACAGAUGGAGAAGGAAAUAGACAAAUUACGGGCAUCAAGAAGUGCGAUAUCAGAUGCUGACAUUGCAAAUGAGUUCACCCUGGGGAUACCGGGUGAGACAUUUUCUUUUACCCAGUGCUCUAACAAAGUAACAACUGCCGAUGCCUCUGGUUUAACUGGGGAAAUAUCUCAGCUGGAAGAGUUUAUCAGGGAACAUAGGCUUAAAAGAGAAAGGGGUUUUGGGGUGGGGAUUGGGGUGUUUGGAGUAGGAAUCAAUGAAGAUUUUCUUCAGUGUAAGUUCUGUGAACUGUUCACACUGACAGAGAAUAUAGUAGAAGGCUUAUCUCGGAUGGAAGCUAUCAUAAACAUAGUUAGAGCAGAGAAGCUUCAUGAAUUCAAUUUGAAGUAG